AUCUGUUUCAGGAAAAGCACUAGAUACAGACGCAGGAUUGUACCGCCUUGUCACGGCUGACAUGUCACAGCCUUAAUCAGACAUGGAGAAAGUGUUUCUACUGGCGGCCAUUAGUCUUAUCGUUCUCAUUAAUGUGAUUGAUGGUCAGCGGAGCUGUAAUGGACGGAGAUGUGGUGACUGUGUGAUCAAUGGCACCAACUGUCACUGGUGUGCUCAAGAGGGAUACAAUGGAAGUCGGUGUGGAUCUCGAGAGGAACUGACCAGGAACAAUUGCUCUGAUAUCAAAAGUAAAAAACGUCAGGAAAUAAGAAUGAUCAAGAAUAAAGGUGUACAAGACCGAACGGGCGAUGAACUGUCUGAUGCGAUCCAGCUGCAACCACAGCAUGUCCGAGUUUACCUUAAUCCCAAUGACGAUAUGUUUACAUGGAAUAUAACAUACCGUGUGGCCCGGAACUACCCUGUCGAUCUGUACUUCCUGGCGGACCCGUCCAACACCAUGAUCGCAUUCCGAGAUGCUCUAGCCGCACUGGCUGGAGAGAUAGGCAUAGCGGUAGGGAACAUGACACAGGACUACAGAUUCGGUUAUGGAACAGCAAUGGAAAAAGAACUUUUACCAUUCACCCACUCCUCCCCAAAACAUUUAGAGGAUCCCUGCUCGGACUUCGGGGGUUCCUGUGCUUCACCUUAUGACUUCAAACAUUCCAUGAAACUGGCGAAAGACAUUGAUGAAUUUGUGCGACAAGUGAAAGCCACUAAUGACAGUGCCAACUACGACUCACCGGAGGGAGGAUUCGACGGCUUGAUGCAAGUGAUGGUCUGCCCGAAACUGAUUGGCUGGAGGAACCGCUCUCGGCGUCUACUUAUCUACGCCACUGACAGCGACUACCACUUCGCCGGCGAUGGACGGCUCGCAGGGAUUGUGACGCCAAACGACGGAAUGUGUCAUACAGAUCCUGUCACCAAUUUGUACACCAAGUCACUAGAGCAGGAUUAUCCGUCCGUCGGUCAGAUCAAAGAGAAAGUCAAAGAAAACAAAAUAAUCCUCCUGUUUACCGUCGGAAGGACAGCCUUUAAUGCCUAUAAUAAGGUUGUUAAAGAAAUCGGGCAACAGUCCAGCGCACAGGAACUCAAUCUGAGGGAUUCUUCCAACAUCACACGGAUCAUACAGGACACAUACAGGACAAUUAGGGAAAGUGUCAAGAUCCUGGUUGAGGAACGAGAUGAUAUCUAUUACGAACUGAGAUCUAAUUGUGGAUCAGGAAGUGACAUUCUCCAGGAACAAAGUAGCUGCGAUAGAGUUGGAGUAGGGAAACCGAUAGUCUUUGAAAUAAAGAUGCGUUACAAAGGCACAGCGUGUCCCAGUGACCCCAACCAAUGGACGGAGAGCUUAAAAAUCAAUCCGGAAGGUCUGAAGGAUGAACUGAUGGUGGACGUUGUCUACAACUGUCAGUGUGACUGUCAACUCCCUGGUCAAGCGGAAGAGAACAGCACUAAGUGUAACGGUUUUGGAACCUUUGAGUGCGGGGUAUGUACAUGUUAUGAGGGCUGGUCAGGAGAUAAUUGCACCUGUGACGAGAGACAGACGGAUAUAGAGGCUUGCUCACCAAGUGGUGGAAAUGAGACCAUGGACACCACGAUCUGCAGUGGGCGUGGCGGGUGUAAUUGUGGGCGAUGCCUGUGUGAUCAACCUGAAUACAGUGGAGAGUUCUGUCAGUGUAACGGCAAAAGAUGUGGUGACCUUGAUGAUCCUUGUUCAGGUAACGGUGUAUGUGACUGUCAGGAGUGUCGCUGUAACGAGGGAUACAUGGGAAAACUUUGUGACUGCCCUCUGUCCACUGCCAACUGCGAAAAUAACGGGACAAUUUGCUCUGACAAUGGCGACUGCCGAUGUGGAAAGUGUGAAUGUAAUUCUUCUUAUACUGGAGUCCUUUGUGAGCAAUGCACGAGUUGUGCCGAGGGUCUGUGUGACAGUAACCGCGCGUGCGCCAUGUGUACCCUUAAGGACGACGACAAGUCCGGAGAUAUGGGACGGGAGGAGUGUCAAAGCAACUGUCAGCAUGUCACCCUCGUCGAUGACUUGGACUCUGUGAGAAAAAACGAUUCUCAGACGUGUAAAUUCAAAGACGCUGAUAAUUGCGUGAUGUCGUUCAUUCUUCAUAUCGAGGACGGAGACCGGGUGGUGUUUGUCAAGAAAACCACAGCGUGCCCGCCGAAGCCAGCUAAUAUUCUGAUACUUGCCAUCAGUAUCUCCGCCGCUGUGUUCCUGGUUGCCCUCAUCCUCUUGGUUCUGUGGAGACUGUUUGCGUUCUUUUACGAUGGUAUCGAGUACUCCAAGUUCGAAGAAGAAAUUAAAAAUCCGAAAUGGGGCUUUGAUGACAACCCCUUGUUUGUGAGCCCGACGUCCAGGUAUGAAAACCCGAUGUGUGAUCAACAAACAGAGGCACGAUUCUAAUGAACUGUUAGGGAACCUCAGUUUUAACAUUGGAUGUUUCGUCUUGUAUAGGGCGACAUAGAGGGUGCGUCUGACCAUAGUAUACCAACGUUAACCUACGCUCGGAAGGAUCUCAGUGUGAACGUAAAACAUCGGUUAUUAGUUUACAUAGGUGUCAACCUCUGAAACCUCCAAUGAGGGAGCUCUCACUCAUUCCACAUUUUAAAUGAGGGAGAAAGUGUGUGAAACGCGACUGAAACUGCUUCGCUCAAUAUAUCUUUCCCGUUGUAUCAAGAUAACUGCAAAGAGAGUAUUCAUUUGA